AUGAAGUUCUUCCUUCCUGCUCUUCUUUUUGCCUCUACGAUAUUCGUUGAUGCUGUUACAGCCGAGUCCAGAGAGCAUGAACACCACGACCACAAGAAGCAAGAAGGACACGGUGGUGCUGGAGGCCAUGGACAUUUAGAUCAUGCUCAUGGACACCAUGAACCCCAAAAAUCCCAUCAACACCAUGAACACCAAAAUCAUCAAGCUAAAUAUGGAGCACCUAAAAAGUCUGAAUACGAUAAACAAGUAGAAAAAUAUAAGACAGUGAUGGCACAUCACCAUGGUCAUAUAAACCAUGAAAACAAAAGACAUGCUGGACAUAUUAAAAAGCAUAAAACAACUGGAUCGCCUCCACCAAUUGGAUUGCCUGGGCCAAACGGAUUGACUGGACCACCAGGAUCGAUUGGACAACUUACCUCACCAAAUGGAUAUCCUGCAUUCGGACAGUAUGGAUAUGGGACGCGUUCACCAUUAGGGCAAACUCAACAAGCUUUAAAUCCCACAAGAAUUAGAAUGCCCACAGCAGCUGAGACGCUUUUACCAGCUGGAAUGGCCUUACAAAAUCAAGCCCCUUUGUAUCCUUCACAAGCCGGAAUAGCAGGAUCAUUGGGAACACAAGGAGCACAAGGUCAAUAUCUUGGAAUAGGUCAAACACAAACACAAAGUCUAAAUCCUGCACUAGGUCAAAGUCAAACACAAGGUCUAAAUUCUGGACUAGGUAUAAAUCCGCAAGCUCAAAGUCCUGGACUUGGUCUUAAUCCUACACAAGCUCAAAGUUCUGGACUUGGUCUAAAUCCUACACAAGCUCAAAGUUCUGGACUUGGUCUAAAUCCUUUACAAGCUCAAAAUUCUGGACUAGGUCUAAACCCUACACAAGCUUUAAGUUCUGGACUAGGUGUAAAUUCAGUGCAAGCUCAAAGUACUGGGCUAGGUCUAAGUUCUAUGCAGGCUCAAAAUCAAGGAUUAGGAGCUGGGGGAGCAUGGUAA